AAUUUAAAUUUAAUCCUAACUUUUAUUUUAAGUUCUCAAAAUACUCUGUUGAAUCAUCAUCAUCAUUUUAUUCAUAUAUUACUGACGUUACCUUGAUUUCAGAAUCACAGAUACUUCAUCACUUCACGAGUCAUUGACUGCACACACCCCUUUUGAGAUCCUGACGUUUUCACCGAGUAGAAAUGUGGAAGUUGAAGAUAGCAGAAGGGGGUAGCCCUUGGCUAAGGACUACAAACAAUCAUGUUGGUAGGCAAGUCUGGGAGUUCGACCCAAAUCUUGGAACUCCUGAACAAAUUAAAGAGAUCGAGGAUGCUCGUGAAAACUACUGGAAGAACCGUUUUGAACAAAAGCACAGUUCAGAUUUACUUAUGCGAAUGCAGUUGACCCAGGAAAAUACGAGUAAUGCUGUCUUACCUCAAGUCAAAGUCAAAGAUGAAGAUGAAAUUACAGAGGAAGUUGUUGCCACCACUCUGAGAAGGGCUCUCAACUCUUAUUCCACUCUUCAGGUGCAUGAUGGGCACUGGCCUGGUGAUUAUGGUGGUCCUAUGUUCCUGAUGCCUGGUUUGGUAAUUACUUUGUCAAUUACCGGAGCUCUAAAUGCAGUCUUAUCAGAAGAGCACCAAAAGGAAAUGCGUCGUUACCUCUACAACCAUCAGAACCGAGAUGGUGGGUGGGGUUUGCACAUUGAAGGUCACAGUACCAUGUUUGGUACUGUUUUGACGUAUGUUACCUUAAGGUUGCUUGGUGAAGGAGCUGAUGAUGGUGAUGGUGCAAUGGAGAGGGGACGCAAAUGGAUUUUGGAACAUGGAAGUGCCACUGCAAUCACAUCAUGGGGGAAAAUGUGGCUUUCAGUUCUCGGGGUCUUUGAUUGGGCCGGGAAUAACCCAAUGCCUCCAGAGUUAUGGCUUCUACCGUAUAUUCUUCCUAUUCAUCCAGGAAGAAUGUGGUGUCACUGUCGAAUGGUUUAUUUGCCUAUGUCAUACUUAUAUGGAAAGAGAUUUGUGGGUCCUAUAACACCAACAGUUUUGUCAUUGCGAAGAGAGCUAUUCAAUAUCCCAUAUCAUGAAGUAGAUUGGGAUCAAGCCCGUAAUGAAUGUGCUAAGGAAGAUCUAUACUAUCCCCACCCCUUAGUACAGGAUAUACUUUGGGCAUCCCUUCACAAGGUUGUGGAACCUAUUUUGAUGCGAUGGCCAGGAAAAAAGUUGAGAGAAAAGGCACUUUCCACUGUCAUGGAGCACAUACACUAUGAAGAUGAGAACACUCGGUAUAUAUGCAUUGGGCCUGUAAACAAGGUGUUAAAUAUGCUUUGUUGUUGGGUAGAAGAUCCAAAUUCAGAGGCUUUCAAGCUACAUCUUCCCCGAAUUCCUGAUUUUCUUUGGGUUGCAGAGGAUGGCAUGAAAAUGCAGGGUUACAAUGGUAGCCAAUUAUGGGAUACGUCUUUUAUUGUUCAAGCAAUUUUAGCAACAAAUCUUGGAGAAGAAUAUGGGGUAACUCUUAAAAAAGCACAUAAUUUUAUAAAAGACUCACAGGUUAUGGAAGAUUGUCCUGGGGAUCUUAGUUAUUGGUAUCGCCAUAUCUCUAAAGGGGCUUGGCCUUUCUCUACUGCGGAUCACGGAUGGCCCAUUUCGGAUUGUACAGCAGAAGGAUUGAAAGCUGCUCUUUUAUUAUCAAAAUAUCCUUCAGAUAUAGUUGGUGAGCCAUUAGAAGUGAAGGGUCUUUAUGAUGCUGUAAAUGUAAUUCUUUCAUUACAGAAUGAGGAUGGAGGGUUUGCAACAUAUGAACUUACACGAUCCUACCCUUGGUUAGAGUUACUAAAUCCAGCUGAAACCUUUGGUGACAUCGUCAUUGAUUAUCCUUAUGUUGAGUGUACUUCAGCUGCUAUUCAAGCCCUAGUUUCAUUCAAAAGAUUGUAUCCUGGUCAUAGAAGAGAAGAGAUAGAGAAUUGCAUCAAACAGGCUGUUAGGUUUAUCGAAAAGAUACAAGCAGCAGACGGUUCAUGGUAUGGCUCCUGGGCAGUCUGCUUUACAUAUGGAACAUGGUUUGGGGUCCUAGGAUUGAUUGCAGCUGGAAAGAACUAUGACAACUGCCCCAGCAUUCGUAAAGCCUGUGAUUAUUUGUUAUCUAAACAGCUUUCUUCAGGUGGCUGGGGAGAGAGCUAUUUGUCAUGUCAGAACAAGGUAUACACAAAUAUCGAGGGCGACAAAGCUCAUGUAGUGAAUACAGGAUGGGCAAUGCUGGCUCUAAUUGGUGCUGGGCAGGCUGAGAGAGAUCCAGUGGUGUUGCAUCGAGCAGCUAAAGUUUUGAUAAAUUCUCAAAUGCCAAAUGGAGAUUUUCCACAGCAGGAGAUUAUGGGUGUUUUCAAUAGGAAUUGCAUGAUUACUUACGCUGCAUACAGAAAUAUCUUCCCGAUUUGGGCACUUGGUGAAUAUCGCACUAAGGUGCUUAAGAACUGAUGACAGUAUGCCAAUAUCAUCAAAUAAUGUUAUUCCAUGCUUUGUAUUGUUUGAAACUUGAAGGCUGAGUUAGAGUUUCCUUGCACUUCAAUUAGAAGCUGCCACUAUUUCAUAAAAUCAUGUGUACAAAAAUAAUUAUUCUACCCCCAUUUCAAAUGGAAAUUAUUUAUUCUUUCUAGUA